CUAAAUUUUCCACCAUUAUUUUCAAGUUCUGUCAUUUGUUGAGAAUUUCUCGUUUUGUGCAACGCCUGGUUGGGAGCCCUGAUUCCGGAAACUUGUUUAAGUUUUAAAAAAAAUGUUCCCUAGAUUUAUUUCAAAUUGGUAAUCAUGGCGUCAACAACACAGCAAUGCCUAUUAUGCAACUCCAGUUGCUUAUCAGUUCGAAAUUCAGUGAACAUAUUUAUUAAUAAUUCAGGUUCCAGCGAUCUUAAUCUUGCCACAGUCCUAGAAGAAAUUUUAGAAAGCCCCCUGACACAAGAAUCAGUUCACUCUUCAAUAAUUUGCAAAAAAUGCUACAAGCUAGUAGACGAAUUCGAUGAAUUGCAAAAUCGUCGUAUUCAAAUUAAAAAUGAUAUUUUUGAAAACUAUCAGAAUACUCUGGAGGCCAAAAUAGAGGCUCAAAGUGCUCAGGAAAUUGUUGACGAUGUUCCUGAUACAAUUGUAGAAGAGACCGAAAUUCAUCUACCAUCAACAACAAAAGUUUUACAGAAUGGAGCUUUGAGCAGAAACGAGCUACCGAAAAAGAUUCUCGAUAUACCUUCUAGUGACGAUGAAUCAAAUCAGGUUACAGAAACAAAUUUCCAAUCGAUGGAAGAUAUAGAUAUGGAAUUGGUUAAAAUGCACAGCAGUCCAGCAGAAAUAGAUAUUAACCCCUUUGCCAAUACAGAUACAGAAGAUGAAUCAAGUACAGUUAUAUCAACUACCCAAACUAGUUUUGUAAAAAUUAAAACGGAACCGACAAGCAAUGAAGAGCCGUCCAUUUCCAACAAACCCAACAUAUUGAAAAAAAAGUCCCAAGACAGCAUUACUUACAGCGAUAACAUUAUCAUCCAGCAGUCCAAUGAUACAUUCAAAAACAUUGAUGACGCUUCCAAUGUCUCGUGUGUGUCCAGAGAAGGCAAAAUAUACACUUGUCUGUUGUGUACAGGAAACGAGACAGUGGCAGGAGAAGCGAAAGCGAUAAUUGGCCAUGUUAAAGAGGCUCACAACACCAGACUUUACAUUUGCGAUGUAUGCGGUCUCGAUUUCAGUAAAAGGAAUCUCCUAUCCGCCCAUGUAGAUGACCAUGUGGCCAAUGAGGAAGGUGACUUUCAGUGUGAAGUUUGCAAUAGGAUUUUUACCAAUUUAAGAUUAUUCAGGAUUCACAGAAGAAUGCAUUUGCCACACAAUAAGUCUUGGCAAUGCAAUACGUGCGGCAAAAAGUACAGCAGUAAAAAUUUGCUCGAUGAGCACGUCAACACUCACUUAGGGGUGAGGCCUUAUGCUUGUAGCACUUGCGGCAAGGAUUUCGCUAGUAAAUAUACAUUUAAAGCUCAUGAGAAAACGCACGAGACUCGUCCAAGACCUUUCAAGUGCGAGCAGUGUGGUAAAGCCUUUCUUAGCCAGCAAAACUUAAGUCAACAUGAAAAAACUCAUGUAGGCAUAAAGGAGUAUCAGUGUCAUCUUUGCAACAAAACUUUCGGCACUACUCACAGUCUAGAGGUGCAUUCACUAAUUCACACCGGAUACAAACCGUACUAUUGCUCGUUGUGUGGAAAAUCAUUUGCUAGAAAAGCAGAAAUUCGAGACCAUGAGAGAACGCACACUGGAGAAAGACCUUUCCAAUGCGAAUUUUGUGGAGCUACUUUCAGUCAAAGGUCUAAUUUACAAACCCAUAAAAGAACUACUCACUAUGAUGACAAGCGGUACCGAUGCGAUACAUGUGGUAAAUGUUUCAAACGCCGAAGACUUUUGGAUUAUCAUUUGAAAGCAGCCCACACAGGCGAAAGGCCCUUCGAAUGUGACAUAUGCAAAGCUACUUUUAUUUAUCCUGAACAUUUUAAGAAACACAGAAGGAUUCAUACUGGCGAAAAACCAUAUAAGUGUGAGGUUUGUGAUAAGGCAUUCGUUUCUCGGGAUAAUAGAAAUGCUCAUCGGUUUGUACAUUCUGAUAGGAAACCGUAUGAAUGUUUGGUGUGUAGUGCUGGAUUUAUGAGGAAACCACAUUUAUUCCAGCAUAUGCGGGCGGAAGGCCAUGUGAAUGAUACUAUAGUGAUCAAUCAACCAAGACUUACUUUAGAUGAGAAAGUUGAUAUAGAAUCUGAAACUUAUUUAGUGCCUGUUGAAGAUGUUGAUUCAAAUGACAUCAAACAGAUUAUAGGAGGAGAACAAGUUGGUGACCACAUAAUGAUUGAUCACAAGAGAAUUACGGGUAUUGAUAGUUCUGAUAAUGAAGAAAAUGCAACUGAACUUGUUGAGGCAACAAUUAAAGAGGCCGAUGAAGAUGAUGAUGCAGAAGAAGAAAUGAACUAUGGAGACAUUUUAACGACUGAAAUAUCCAACGUGAUCUCAACUAAUGAAACGCAAAUAAUUGAUACACCUGAUGGGCCAAUUCAGUUGGUGAAGGUGAAAAUUCCAAACGAAAACAAUGAAAUAGAGGAAGCCUGGAUUAAAAUUGUACCAUAAUAAUUUUUGUACUUGAAAGGAUAGAUUUGAAUUAGUUAAUUAUCAAUUUUCAUGACUUAUAUUUGCUUGCUAUUUGAAAAAGCAUUUUUAGAAUAGGUCUUUAUUAAACAGGUGACUCUUGAUGGUUAAUUCAUUGAACUUGGUUGGUAUUUUCCUGGCUUGUGGGAUUGGUAGAAGUAAUACCCAGGGCCAAUGUCAAUAAACUGAAUGAGCCAUUAUCUCAUCAACAAGUCAUAUAUUGCUAAGGCGAUGGGAUGUGAAGAUCUUGGCUGUCAAUUGGAAACUUUAUUGUGGAUAUACUGGUAGGUGGUUUUCUUUUUAAAGCCGAAGUCUUGAACACUUAUAAAACUUUUGUAUUUGUAUUAUUACAUACAUAUAUUCAGUGUUAUUUUUAUUUCUUUUUAUUGUUUUAGGCUAUCUUACCUAAAAUGAAAUUAAUUUUUAGAUUGUUAUAUGUACUUUAUUGUAAAGUCGCUCUGCCGUUGAAAUGAAUAAAUAGAAUAAUAUUUAUUGCGUAA